AUUAUUUAUAAAAAUAAGAAAACCAACAGACGGAGAGUUCCAGAAAAAUAAAAUUUUUAACAUGCUGCGCUGCUACAAUAAAGGAUGUGGGCAACUUUACGAUGAAGCCACCAACAACAAUGAAUCCUGCCGGCAUCAUCCUGGCGAGCCAUUUUUUCAUGACGCCUACAAAGGAUGGUCCUGUUGCAACAAAAAAUCGGUGGACUUUACGGAGUUUUUAAACAUCAAAGGAUGCACGCUUUCCACUCAUUCGAACAUCAAGCCACCAGAGCCCGAGAAGCCAGCAAAGGAUAAAGAGGCUGACAUCAAUGAGGUCAUUGAGGUGCGUGCUCCAAUUAGAGAAGGCUUGCCUCGGCCACCCAUCGAUACCAAAUUGACGGUGCUGCAGCCAACAGUGCCGGCUGCCGUGAAGGAGACUAUAGACGCUGUAAAGAUUAAACAGCCGUCAGCAACUACAUCGUCGGAUGAUAGCUCGGUUUUAUCUGUGGGGACAACCUGUAAAAAUAGUGGAUGCACAUACACCUACACGGGCACAAGUAGCGAUUACGGAGAAUGCAACUAUCACCCAGGUGUUCCAAUUUUCCACGAGGGCAUGAAAUUCUGGUCAUGCUGUCAGAAGCGCACUUCAGACUUUGCUCAGUUUAUGGCCCAGAAGGGCUGUGUGUACGGUCAGCACAAAUGGGUAAACGAUAACGAGGAUAAAAAGGUUGUUCAAUGCCGCCAUGAUUGGCAUCAGACCGCUACCAAUGUGGUGGUCACUAUCUAUGCCAAAAAAUAUCACUAUGCCCAGAGUAUAGUGGAGGUGAAUCCCAUAAGGCUCCAUGUUAAUCUUGUAUUUCCCGAACAGGAGAAUGCUCAAUUCAACUUGGACUUGGAGUUGCGUGGGAUUAUUGACGUUGACAAAGCCUCGGCUCAUAUGUACGGCACUAAAAUUGAGAUAACUCUGCCCAAAAAAGAGCCAGGCUCAUGGACCAAGUUGAAUUUUCCACGUGACUCUUUACCGGCGGCGCAGAAAUCCUCUGAUGUCAACAGCAAAGAGUUGGAAAAGAAUAAUCCAGAGUCAGACGAAGAGUUCUUUGAUCUCGAUGACAUCGAAUCUGUGGCCACACAUGGAAUCAAGUUGUCCGAGAUGAGCUUGCAAAAUCCCAAUGGCUUGGACUAAAAUAAAAACACAUUUUAUAUUUCAAUGUUUUGUAUAAUAAAAAAGUACGCGAAUAUGCCUUCAA